AUGGAUGGUCUGGAGCUCUUUGAUGCCCAGCGCCAUGCAGGGCGCAUAUUGGGCAUGGGCGAUAUUGUGGCUCUGGUUGAACAAGUCAGCGCCAAUGUGGAUAUCGCUGCGGCGCAAAAACUGGCAGACAAGGUGAAAACUGGCGGUCAGUUUGAUUUCAAUGAUUUUCUCAUGCAAAUUCAGCAAAUGAAGAGCAUGGGAGGGCUGUCAAGCUUGAUGGAGAAAUUGCCCUCACAGCUCAGCGCCAAAGCAGCUCAUGUGGACAUGGAUCGGGCUGAGCGCGACAUACGCCGUAAAGAGGGCAUUAUUCAGAGCAUGACGCCGCUAGAGCGGCGCAAACCCGAUAUCAUCAAAGCCACCCGCAAACGUCGCAUCGCCGCUGGCAGCGGCGUGCAUGUGCAAGAAGUCAAUCGCCUUAUCAAAGAGUUUGAGCAAAUGCAAGGUAUGAUGAAGCAGAUGAAAGGCGCUGGCAUGAUGAAACUCAUGCGCAAAAUGGGCGCGAUGAAAGGCGGCAUGCCAAAAAUGCCCUUUUGA